CGGAGCCGCCGCCGAGCGCCCCCCGCGCCCCCCGCAUGGCGCCCCCCGGCCCGGGAGCCUGACGGACCCGCCGGCCUCGCGGGGCGCGCGGCGAUGAGCCUGCGGGGCGCGCAGAGCCUGCGACAGGCAGAAGUCCUGAAGGCGGACAUGACAGAUUCGAAGCUGGGUCCAGCCGAGGUCUGGACGUCCCGGCAGGCGCUGCAGGACCUGUACCAGAAGAUGCUGGUCACCGACCUGGAGUACGCCUUGGACAAGAAGGUGGAGCAGGACCUCUGGAAUCACGCCUUCAAGAACCAGAUCACGACCCUGCAGGGCCAGGCCAAGAACCGGGCGAACCCCAACCGCAGUGAGGUCCAGGCCAACCUCUCCCUGUUCCUCGAGGCGGCCAGCGGCUUCUACACGCAGCUGCUGCAGGAGCUGUGCACCGUGUUCAACGUGGACCUGCCGUGCCGCGUGAAGUCGGCCCAGCUCGGCAUCCUCAGCAAGAAGCAGGCGCACCCCAGCAGCAUCGUCCAGCCCCAGUCCAGCUCCUGCUCCUACAUCUGCCAGCACUGCCUCGUCCACUUGGGGGACAUCGCUCGCUACAGGAACCAAACCAGCCAGGCCGAGUCUUACUACCGGCACGCGGCCCAGCUCGUCCCCUCCAAUGGUCAGCCGUACAACCAGCUGGCCAUCCUGGCCUCGUCCAAGGGCGACCACCUCACCACCAUCUUCUACUACUGCCGCAGCAUCGCCGUCAAGUUCCCCUUCCCCGCCGCCUCCACCAACCUGCAGAAAGCACUUUCCAAAGCACUGGAGAGCCGGGACGAGGCGAAGCCCAAGUGGGGCGUGUCGGACUUCAUCAAGGCCUUCAUCAAGUUCCACGGCCACGUGUACCUCGGCAGGAGCCUGGAGAAGCUGGGCCCCCUGCGGGAGAAGCUGGAGGAGCAGUUCAAGCGCCUCCUGUCGCAGGGGGCCUUCAGCUCGCAGCAGCUGGUGCACGUGACGGUAGUGAACCUGUUCCAGCUGCACCAGCUGCGGGACUUCAGCAGCGAGGCCGAGCCCCACAGCUACGGCCCCGACGAGCAGCUGUGCUGGACGCAGCUGCUGGCCCUGUUCAUGUCCUUCCUGGGCACGCUGUGCCGCUGCCCGCUGGAGAGCCCCGCCCCGGGGGAGCCCGGCCCCGCCUUCCCGCUGCCCGCCGUCAAGGUGGCCAUGGACUGGCUGCGCCUGCGGCCGCGCGUCUUCCAGGAGGCCGUGGUGGACGAGAGGCGCUACAUCUGGCCCUGGCUCAUUGCCCUGCUCAAUAGCUUCCACCCACACGAGGAGGACCUGUCCAGCACCAACGCCACGCCGCUGCCCGAGGAGUUUGAGUUGCAGGGCUUCCUGGCGCUCCGGCCCUCCUUCAGGAACUUGGACUUUUCCAAAGGCCACCAGGGCAUCCCGGGCGACAAGGAGGGCCAGCAGCGGCAGAUCCGGCAGCAGCGCCUCAUCUCCAUCGGCAAGUGGAUCGCCGACAACCAGCCCAGGCUGAUUCAGUGUGAAAAUGAGGUAGGGAAAUUGUUGUUUAUCACAGAGAUCCCAGAGUUAAUACUGGAAGACGCCAGUGACGCCAAAGAGAACCUUGUUCCGCAAGAGCCGGCGGCGGCAGCAGUGGCGAGCGAGGCCCCCGUGUCGGCGGGCCGCGGCGGCCACGGCGAGCCCGGGGACAAGCCCGCCGUCUCCUUCAAGGAGAACAGCAAGCCCCGUGACGCCAGCCGGGAGCCGGCCCGGCCCUUCCCGCCCAAGGAGGCGAAGUCGCAGACGGAGCUGAGGAAGACACCCGUGUCCGAAGCCAGGAAGACGCCCGUGACCCCGACGGCGAGUCCCGCCAGCAGCGCCCAGUUCAUCCCCCUCCACCACCCCGGGGCCUUCCCCCCGCUGCCCAGCCGGCCCGGGUUCCCGCCCCCGACCUACGUGAUCCCGCCGCCCGUGGCCUUCCCUGUGGGCUCGGGCUACACCUUCCCGGCCGGUGUGUCCGUGCCGGGGCCGUUCCUGCAGCCUGCGACGCACGCGGCGGCCGGGAGCCAGGGACCCGCGGGGAAGCAGUCCCACAUCCCCUACAGCCAGCAGCGCCCCUCGGGGCCCCCCCUCGCGCCCCCGCCUGCGCAGCCCCCGGCCCAGCCCGCCGGACCCCUGCAGGUGCCCGCGCUCGGCCAGCCGCAGUCGCCCACCAAGGCCGGGCCCACCCCGGGCAAGAGCCCCCCGCACCACUCUGGGUUCCAGCAGUACCCGCAGGCCGACGCCUCCAAGCAGCUGUGGAACCCGCCUCAGGUCCCGGGCCCGCUGGGGAGGGUCCUGCCCGUGAAGGAGCCCUGCUUCCUGCCCGCCCAGCCGCCCCUCAAGCUCUUCGAGCCGCCCCUGCCGCCCCCCGGCUCGCAGCCGCCGCUGGACAAGCCGCCGCCGCCGAAGCCCUUCCCGCUCGAGCCCUACGGCCACGGCCCCGCCGAGGCCCCGCGCGGCCACGAGCUCUACUGGGACCGCCGGGCCGCGCGCACGCAGCAGGCGGGGCUGGAGCGCAGGGCCAAGCGGCCGCCCGGGGGCUUCCGGCCCGAGCAGGACGCCGCGCCCAGGGCGCCCUUCGAGGACCCCAAGGGCUCCCCUCUGCUCCCCCCGGACCUGUUAAAAAGUCUGGCCGCCUUGGAGGACGAGGACGAGCUGCUUCUCUCUAACCCUCCCGACCUUUACCCCGCUCUGCUGGGGCCCCUCGUGUCUCUCCCCGGACGGAGCCUGCUUCAGUCCCUGCUGGAGAAGCCGUCCGACCUCAUCUCGCACUCCUCCUCUUUCCUGUCCCUCACGACCACCGGCUUCUCGCUCAACCAGGAGAGACACCCCACGCACAGCGUCUUCGGCGAGGUAUAUGGGAAGAGCGCCAGCCCCUCGGCGGAGCUGCACCCCGCCAUGGCCCCCCGCGAGACCUCCCUCUACUCCCUGUUCGAGGGGACGCCCUGGUCGCCGUCGCUUCCUGCCAGCUCAGAUCACUCGACACCGGCCAGCCAGUCCCCGCACUCCUCGAACCCCAGCAGCCUGCCCAGCUCCCCGCCCACGCACAGCCACAGCGCCGCACCCUUCUCCACCUUCGGGCCCAUCGGGGCCCCCGACAGCCGCGAGCGCAGGGUCGCCGACCGCUGGAAAGCCGACAAGCCGGCCAUGUGCGGGUUCGGCUCCGAUUACCUCUCGGCCGCGCCGGCCUCCGACAGUAGCUGGCAGCAGCCCAGCUCGGCCGGCGGGCCCUGGACCGGGCACGGCCCCGCCGUCGAGGACUCGUCCGCCGUCCUCAUGGAGAGCCUGAAGUCCAUCUGGUCCAGCUCCAUGAUGCAGCCCGGCCCGUCGGCGCUGGAACAGCUGCUCCUGCAGCAGAAACAGAAGCAGCAGCGCGGACACGGGACCCUGAACCCGCCACACUGAGGCCGCGCGGAGCCGAGACGCGGAGA